UACAUUGAACGCAUGAAUUGUUUUUAUUCUUUGUUAGUAUUUGGAACGUUGGAUUUCUAUUACUUUAAACAAACAUUGAGAUAAUUUGAAAUCAAGUGCUAUUAAUGAAAAAAAGAUACACAUCGAUCGAUUUGUGGAAAAGGUGAAUACACUCAAACGAAACGGCAUAUGUUGACAAACGAUAAUUGCUGUAUAUUUAUGCAUUUGGAAGUUAUAGGUACUAGAAGUAAAAAUAAUCGUAGAAGUACGCGUUUAAGGAGUGUUUAUGUUCUGUACUUGAAAAUAAACUAUCUCUCAGUUAAUAUGUAGUACGUUAAAGGUAUAAAAUUUAUUUUGAAUUGACGUUUCUUCAUUAACAAAUAGAGUGGUAUAUCACAUACCUUAAGGAUUGUUGCAGUUUGUGUAUAAAUGGAGAAAUUUUACAAUUAUUUGAAAGAUCUUUUCUUUGUUGACAAUGGCAACAAUGAAAUUGAAGACAUUGCAAAGGGAGUGGAUAUUCUCCUUCACCGCUACGUAGAUUUAAUAAGAAAGGAAGUUCCUGAUCUGAAGAUCGACCGGCUACAGUCUAGCGGAAGUAUGACAGAACAGACAAGAAUCUGGGAACGUCUUAGCGACACUUCUCGUCAUCCUGACAUCGAAUUUGACUAUUUGUCAGUCAUUAAUAAUAAAGACAUUAGCUUUGAGAGAUCCUGUCUUGGUCAUAUGCGAGUUAUUUCAGACACAGAUGUUGAUACGUUGGAAACGAACUUCGUCGACUUAAAUAGCAUCGUCGAAAGGUUUUGGCAAGCAUUUGUGACGGUAGUCAAAAGAACAUGUUCGUGUUUUGAGAAAUGCGAAGAACGUGUGUUGCCAUUUGCCUUUACAAUUACCGUGUUAAGAAACAGACAUGGAUGCAAUGUAUGUGCAACAACAAUGGGCACUGGGACGCUUCGGCUUUCAUAUGUUCGUCCACAUAUAAGUGCACACCAUAUACACCCUAUACAACUAGAAUGGCUUAGUGAGAGAAAGCUUUGUUUUGCGCCAAAGAAAAGUGAAGAUCAUAAAAUACAAAAACAUUUAUUGGAUACCAUAGUCAUACAUGCAGACUUUUUACCUGCGUUUGAAAUCAAUGUACCAAAUACUACAGGGAAUACAAUUCUCGGAAACAGAAGUGAGCACCACUGUUUUCUUGUUCCGAAACAUUGCAAGCAACAUGACGAAUGUUGGCGAAUAUCGUACUGUCUUAGCGAAAUGGAAAUUUUACAGAAUACAACACAAGAUCAUCGUGACGUAUAUAAAUUGUUGAAAGUGUUUCAGUCAUUGUUUAAAAGUGGUCUAAAAUCUUACCAUAUAAAAACUGCGUUACUUCAUCAUAUAAGCACAUGUCAAAAUGUCGAAGAAGGUAGGAAUGGGUGUCUUCAAAAAACGCUCGACUUUCUCGUGGAUGGAAUGAUGAAUCGUAGUAUGCCCCACACUAUAGAAGGACUUAAUUUACGUGAUGUUUUUAGUGAACAUAGUCUUUAUCUGUAUCAAGCACAACUUUUCUACGUUGUGCUUUAUAAUGCGCUAGGAUCGGACGAAAUUCGGUACAAGAAUUCAAGAAAAAAAGAGAUCAAGGUAAUACUAGACGCGUUUGUCUUGGAUAAUGGAAAGAGCCUUUUCGAUGUAGGCAGACACGUAAUGGACGGAGAAGAAUUAUACGAUGUAUUGCUAACAGAAAUAAUGAAGCUAGGGGAAUGGGUGUCAAAGAAAAGAGUAAAUGAAUUUCGUGAAUUCGUUUUAAAAGGCGAAACUUGUGCAAUUUUAUGACAAUUAUCGAGUCAUAUUAUAAUUAAAAAAUGUAGUAUGAACUAGAGUGCAGAUCAUAACUAACGAAACAAUUUUACUUUAGAACCCAAAGACACUAAUAAAACCAUAUCACGCAUGGAAAUGCACGCCUAUAUGAAAGCCACGUUAUGAUGAAAACAUGAAAAGUUCACACAUUAUGUUGAAAUGAGUGUUAGAUUUGAAAUGGCUUUUAGUGUAAAGAUUCAUUUUCGGGAUACAUUGAUUUAGCUAUGAACUGUGUUUUUUUCUAUAUCUAAUAACAGAACUGCAUUACUUCAUACUAAUUUAAUACUAUUUCAAACUUAGGUAAUAUUGUUAUACUAAUGGAUACAUUACUGACGUAAUAACCAUAAUGCUCGAAUAAUAAAUCUUCUGAUCACGUAACACUAA